AUGGUUGCAGGUUUAUACUAUGAUCUUCAAGUUGAUUACUCUACUCAAUUAUGGAAAGAGUUCUUGAAGAGUAUUAAGAACACGAAUGCUCUUCAUGGCAUUUCGAGUGCUCGAUAUUGGAGUUUGAUUUUGCAAUAUUUUUAUGAGAAUGAAGGGAUUUUGGUUCUGGCAGAUGAAGAAAAGGUUGUGUUUCAUGUCUAUAGUUAUCCGAAGGAUGCAACUGAUGAUACUGAAGGAUUUCCAAUUAUUGCUCGCAUUCCUGAUGCCAUGCUGAAAAGAGUUGAUCCCACCAACACAGUUCUAAUCACUUUCUUACACACCCUUGAUACUUCUGUUGAAACCGGGGUUCUUUUGGCUAGAGAAGAAGAAAAGAAGACUAAUCGUUUGAGAAGAAUCAAGAUGAAGUCAAAACAUAAGAGUCGAUCACCUUUAACAAAUGUUGUUCGCAACCCACAAGUUUCGCAUCAAGGAGUUAUUUUUUGUGAGAUUCUUGCACUUGCUUCACCAUCUUCUAAGAAGAGAAGGGAAACUGAUAUGGCCAAACAUAUAGCAAAGAAGAAGAGGAAGAGUAGGGUGAUUAUUUCAUCAGAGUCUAAUGCUGAUGAAAAUGAAACAAUUCCAGAAACACCAGAAGCUGAUCUUCAGAAAGAUUACUCUCAUAUUGCAUCAACUAUUGUAAUACCACCCGAAGUUUUGGUUGCCAAGACAGUUUCUGUGGAGGCAUGA